GAUUUGCGUAUGUGAGUCCCCCAGCGAACGGUUCAAGCGAAACAGUAACAAUUAAAAAUGGUGAUGAUUUCAAUUUCUCUUGGAAAAAAGAUUCGGAUUCAGACGUAACCUCCGUGACAGAUGUUGAAUUAUUUCUCAUGAAUGAUAAGAAUGCAACAUGGCUCGGAGUCAUAUGGAAUGAUGGAAUCAAGUUUUCUGGCGAUAGUGCUUCGGCUAAAGUUAAAGUCGCAGUUCCUAGCGGCACAUCAUUACCCAACACCUUUAAGUUCAGAAGUUGGGCAAACACGGCGAAAGGACCAAAUUGUAUAGCUUUUAGUGUCGAUUUCAAGAUAACUCAAUGA